AUUUAAUAUGUAUUAGUAUAUGAGGCACGUGCAUGAUUACAAAGUACUGUCUUUUCGUUUGCCGUAAAAAUUUAUUGUUAUAUUUCAAUGGCAUAUCACAAUUGGUUAUAUUCAAAAUUUUUUCGAUUAGUUUUAGGAUUUAUGUAACACACACAUUAUGUCAGGGGACAUCACGGAGAACUGUGAUUCAUUCGAAGAUCCUUACAAAACCGACAAUUUAGAUGACACCGAGUUACAGUCUCGCUUGUAUGCAGAAAUCUAUUACGAUUCAAACUUUGAAAAUGAAUCAGGAACCACAAAUGACCCAAGAACAAUUCGAUAUGAUAACAUGGUUUUUGAGACAAAUGUUGAGUUAGAGAGAUUGCAAAACAAUUGCACUAACGAUCAGUCUUCAGCGUCCACUAUUCAAGAUUCUCAGAAGAUACAAUCUACAGAAUUAGCUGAAGUCAACAUGUUAUCUGAUAGAGAAAUGAAUCCUGUGAUACAUGGAUGUAAUAAUGAGAGUCCAGAAAAGCUUGCAGCACAAAGAAGGAACAAACAAAUCUCUUCUAAAAAAUUUAAAUCUUCAAAACAUGCAAAAAAUGUACAGCAAGAAAGAUUUAAGGAACACAGUAAUGAUCUGGCAUAUUCAAAAUAUAACGUUGUUUCAAAAUUUAUCAAGCAAAAGAAUCUCUUAGCCAAACAAACUGAAAAAGAUAAUGAGAGUUCUGACUCUGAAGAAUCCAUAUUUGAAGUGCCUGUUCCACCGAAACCAAAGCCACUGCUCAUAGAUUUGCAAGAUUCUGAUGAUGAAAAUAACUUGCACAUAGAUAAGGAUGAUUUGAUUUUGAAAGACUGGCGAAUCAAUACUUUGUCGCAAACAUAUUCAAAAAAGAUUCCAUCUAAUCACGAUUUAGAAGUCUCAGAAGUAUCAAAUGAUCAAGAUGCAUCUUUUAUUAAUAAAAAUACCACUAAAUCACAUAAUAAAGAUUCUGAUGAAAAUAGUCAAACAUCAACAUGUGCACAAGAAGUUGCGGAAGAUAUUGUAUUGAAUUGCACAACAAUUCAAAGAGGUGCUAAAAACAUAAAUGAGAUUAAGCGGUUGUCCAAAAGCACUGGGAUAAAUCAAGAAAGUAAGUCGAUAGAAGAGACAAAUCAAAAUUCCAAAAGUAGAUCACCACAGAAUAAGUCAAAAAGAACUAAUGAAAAUAAUCUUCAGCAAGAAAUGUCUGUGACAUCGGGAAAAAAAUCGCAAAUGAGGACGCAACAGAAUAUUGACAAAACAUCGGGAAUGGAAUCAAGCAAUCCAAUAAUGAGCGGGAAGAGACAAAGCAAUGAGGAGAUCGAUAGCCAACCUAAUCAGAAGCGACAAUGCACCGUUCAACAGAAUAAUCAAGAUGUUAUAUUGCAAGGUAACAGCCGUGGAGAGAAAAGUAAUACAUCGUCGAACAAAUUUUUCAAUCAGCUGUCAGAGGAGAUGAGAACCUUCUACAAUUCGAGUCGUGGCCAAGAGAAUUUCGACGUUAACGAGUUACAGCGAAGCAUGUCGAAGGAUCCACGGAAGUGGGCAAUCUUAGAUGAAGACUUAAUGCCGUGUCCCGCCAAAAAACAACGCACCAGAUUCUGGAAUGUCAAGUGCAAUAAUUGCCAUAAAGAUGGUCAUUUGCGCUACAAUUGUCCGUCACCACGUAGACCAGCUUGUUGUUACAUGUGUGGCAAGCAAGGCCACACAGAGUUUCGGUGUUCCGAAAAGAUGUGUUUGACAUGCGGUAAGCGACAGAACACAUUUCGUAAUACUUGUGAACAUUGUCGCGUCCUAUACUGUACUAUGUGUAAUUCGGCAGGACACGAGCUGAAGCAAUGUCCAGAUCUUUGGCGACGAUACCAUCAGAUAACCGAUAUGAAUAAGGCGCCACAGAACGUGAGCAACGUGAUGAAGCCGUCGAGAUUAUUAUAUUGCUGUAAUUGUACCAAGCGCGGCCAUGAAUCAUCCACAUGUAGGGAAUUGCCAUGGUCUGAGCACUUUCCUACUCCAGCUGGCGUCACAAAUUAUAUGGAUGGACCCACUUAUGUACCACGUACGUCAAGUUCCUCUGGACCUGAUCCCGAAUCUGAUUUCUUACCAUUAGAAACGAGAGAAAAUGAAACAUCGAAUACACAAAAUGCCACUAAUCUACGAUUAGCAAUUGAACGGGCAAUAAUUGAAGAUGUGGAACCUGCUGAUGAAAAUGCAUUAUCAUCAAGUGCUGAUUUUUGUGUUUCAUCAACUUUACAAGAAACUGCGGUUAUCUCGCAAAUGGAAAAAAAAUAUCUCGAGGAGAGUAACAUUUUUCCUACACUACCAAAAAACCAAAAAAAACAAAAUUUCAACAUAAGUAAAAUAAAAUUCAAUAAGGUUAUACAUUCUUAUGGUACAUUUCACAACACAGAUCACAAUGAUGCAGGGAUGAUAUUGACAAACCUUUCUAGUUACUAUAAGAUGAGAAAACUUAUGUUAACUAAUUUAAAAAAUGGUAAAGUUGCUCCCAAUUUUCUUUCUGUAUUGUGUGAGAAAGCAAUAGACUUUGAAGUGAAGAUAGGCCUUAGCGGUAAAGGUGAUCUUUUUUUACAAUUAUUAGCAAUGAAAGAUUACAUAGAACUUUUAAAUUAUUUAUUGAAAUAUUGGUUCAACCUUCUUGAUGAAGAAAAAGAUUACGGGAUAGACGUCUCUUUGCCUACAAAUCCUACGAAGAUGUACAACUUGCUAAGUUCAAGAAUGCCACAACUCGAGAAAAUGUGUUUUACGAGUUAUGCUGAACAUAUAGGUGGAAUAAAUGAUCCGCGAUGUAUUUUUAAACUUGUACAACAUCAUAAAAAAGAGUUAAAAAAAUGGAAAGGUGUAGGAUGGAAAGAGUAUAAUAAUCUCCGUACAAAGUUAAACCGUUUACAAAUCAAGCUUCUUAUGAUUACCAACACCCAUCCUAAGCCAAAGGAACCCGUACAGACAUUUCGAAAGAUGAUGACAAAAUUUGCAUCAAAUCUACGUCUAAUGGGCGAUAACCUUGACAUUGUCACUUAUAUCAGACUUAUCAUACUUUAUAAUAAACUAUUUGUACCUCACAUACCAGGGGAAACGUUUGGCAUGUUAAAAUGCUUCACGCGCGAAGAAAAGAAAAUGAAAGGAUCGAUGACACCGACACUUGACAAAAAUCCUAUGCAUACUGUAUAUUCCACACAUGAGGAAUCUUGCCCCUCGCAAAAUAUUGAGAUAGAAAGUUCCUUCGCAAUUAAUAAUCAACAGAAUAACGAAAUAUCAGUUGACGGACAAAAUGAAGACAAUAUUUCAUCUAAAACGAGCAAAACAACGGAGUAUAUUUGUGAUGAUGUAACCACAAUAAGAAAUUCUACAAUUUUUUUCUCAGAUUUUCAAGAUUCCCAGAUUUUUACACCAAUAAAUACCGAGCCUACGUCGAUUCAAUUACAAAAUCCUGGAAAGAUCAAAGAUCAAUUAUCAACAAGCGAAGUGAAUAUUAAAACGAAUGUAUCUGCGCCGUCUGUAUCUACAAAUAAACAGAAAAAAACUCUGAAUGACAUACUGAACACACAUACUUUUUGGUCGAAAAAAGAGAAGAGAAUAAUAAAUAAAAGCAUCUCCGAGUCAACGAAUAUGUGUGAUAUAGCGUCAAAUCUUGUAAAAAGAGCUCAUACAUUUAAUGUACCACAUAUGAAAAAUGCAGCAAACGAAGUGCAAAAACAUAUUAACAAUCAGACAAUUAAGUCCCGGCAUGUUCUGACAUUAUUUCAACUGAUUGUUUCAGAGGAGAAUUAUCAAAAGAAGAUUAGUGCUUUUUGCAAAGUUUUGAAAUGAGCAUUAGUUUACAAAAAUUAAUUGCGCGCUCGUUCAGUGAUACCAUGUAUUAUUGCCUAAUAUGUAUCUGUACAAUAUACGAAAUCAUUUGACAGAAUGUUUUGUAUAUUUGUGAAAAAAAUUUUUGCUUAAAUUUAUAUUAAUCAAACAUAAAAGAAAUAUAUAUCUUUAGUGGGUGAAAAUAUGUUUAAAAAAAACAUAAAAUUGUAAUAUUUUAUAUAAUGUAUGUACAUUGUGUACCUUGUUCCUUGCUUUUAAUUAAUCAGUAAAUGAUUAUAAUUAAAAAAAAUAUUGAUAUCUGAAAUAUUUAGAUUGUAUGCUACAAUAAUUAAAAUAAAAGUCUUUAAUUUUUGUAAUACAA